UCUCUUCAUAUCGGUGACGAUAAUUAGCAAUUUUUAACCGUGUCAAUGUUUGGUUUUCCCGCGAAAAUAAGGUGUAUCAGGUCAAGACUUGCCCCCGUCGCCACUAGGAAAUAUUGCGUGGGUGCCAAUUUUAAAGGAUCAAGAAAAAAAUCAACCAUGGGAAGGGGCUCACUGAUCGUGUUUGAGGGCUGUGACCGCGCAGGAAAAUCCACGCAGUGUGUAAAGUUAGUCGAAGCGCUGGAGAAUUCGGGGACACCUGCUAAACUUUGGCGCUUCCCAGAUCGUGGGACAGCAAUAGGGGGUAUUAUCAGUCAGUAUCUAGAGAAGAAGUGUGAACUGGAGGACCAUGCAGUACAUCUAUUAUUCUCAGCUAACAGAUGGGAGGCCGUACCAAAGAUGAAAGAGCAUUUACUCCAGGGGACUACUCUCAUUGUUGACAGAUAUGCAUUUUCAGGGGUGGCGUUUACUGCUGCUAAACAGGGUUUCGGCUUAGACUGGUGUCGACAACCAGACAUUGGUCUCCCAAAGCCAGAUCUCAUCCUGUACCUGACCCUGACACCAGAAGAGGCAGCCAAGAGAGGCGGAUUUGGGGGAGAGAGAUAUGAAAAUACACCUUUCCAAGAAAAAGUAGCAAAGAACUUUGAGCAUCUGAAGGAAAACAACUGGAGGGUAAUUGAUGCUGGAAAAGACAUGGAGUCCCUCCAUGAGGAAAUUCAAGAAAUCACCAGAGCAGUCAUUAAAGACAGUAAAGACAAGGACAUUGAGAAACUUUGGAUAAACCAUGAUUACCCCGUUAAGAAGCGGAAAUCUUUGGGAGAAAUAAACACUAACCAGUGUAUGGGGAACCAACUGAAGGUCAAGUGAUCAUGACCUACAUUUCAAAUUAAAAAGUUGUAAUUUUAUCUAUAGUCUAAAUCAUUUUAUGUUGAAAUCAUGUCAGAUAUAUAAAGGGGUGUGACAUGUAUAAGCUGUUUUAUUCACCUUAUGGACAACCUGUGCUGAUUUCAAAUAAAAUAAUGCCCCUGACCAUGGAUUGAAUACUUUGCACAAAGUGAAGAGCAAUUUACUAACCUGUACUUGACUUAACAUAAUCAAAAAGAAAAAAAGUGGUGGUCUGAACACUGCAGAUAGUGGGGUACCUUUGAGCUUGUAUACAGUAUAUAUUAUAUUAUUAUAGUUUACUAUAUGCAUGGAACAGGAGGAUGGAUAUACUGAGUACUACUAAUUAAUGAGCACUGGACAAGUUAAUUAUAUAUUCUCACCCUAUUCUUGUACAUGGUAAUUUUCUCAAGUAGAAAAAAUUGUUAAUGUAAAUGUAUUUAUUUAUGAUCUUGUAAUGUUUCAUGAAAAAGAAAAACAUUUAUACGCAUGUUAUUACUCAUCAUUUUGCACUGUAUGGUGAUCUGGUUACUUGGGAGAUUUUUCAGUUUUGUUGAGAUUUUUACACAUCCCUGUCAAACAUUUUUUUAAUCCAUAUUACAAUAGAUUUGAAAAAAAGUGAAAAACAUGUUU